CAUCACAGCGCAGUAUGCCUCUACAAUUUUUACCAUAAGCGGUGUUAAAUUUGGAUAGACGACACACAUCUUUGGGUUUUUACCAAAUCAAAUCCAAAAUUUUCUAGAAAUUUUGGCCAUGAGACACUUUUUGGGGUUUGUAUGCAUUAUGGGUGUAACAUUAUACCAUCGUAUAUGACAAAAAUAUCUGACCCUCCACGAAUUAGUCUGAAUUUUCAGCUAAGAAUCCCUUAUUUAUAUGACAAAAGAAAUGUCAUGUGGAGGGAGUGGAGUGGAGAGGAAGAGAGAACCUACAUGCAUGUCGUCGAUAAAUCAAACUAGUGCAUUAGAUCUAACAUUCGGCCCAUUCGUAAAAGAAUGAAAGACUAGAAGAAAUACACUGGGCCAACAACUAAAGCCCAUUAAAAGAAGCAAUAAUUGGAGAUGGGAGUUACGGCCACGUAACUUUGACAGAGCAGGGAAAGCUUUAUCUUUAUGGGACUUUAACCUUUUUUUAGCAUAUAAAGAGGCUCUAUGUAAAUUUUCCAAAUAAUAACUCCGACAAUAGUACUACUCUCUCAUGCAAAUAAUUCUGUUUUGGUAACACUAAAGUGGGACUAACUCAACCAACUUAAUUUGGUUGUUGAAUAAAUCACCUCAUACAACAAAUAAAAACAAAACAAGUAUGGUUCCAAAGCCAAAAAUAGACGAGUAUAUAUAUCUAAAAUGUAUUCAUUGAUUACGACAAAAACAGACAACAAUGUAAUCUUGCCUGAGGUUGGUUGGUCAUAUGCAUUCACGAGUCAAAAUUUUCUCAUAUAGUAGUUGUUUUUUUUUUUUUUUUUUUUUUUGGACAAAAUAGUAGUAGUUGUAUUAUUUAUACAACAUAAGCCAGAAAUGGGAAAAGUUAAAAUACAAAAAUAAUCUAAAUUGAGCAACUUUUUUAAACUUUAUAGGACCACGUGAAGGAAUCUAAUGAGUGGACCCUGACGGCACGUUGACUUGGACAUAAUCGAGUCAAAAGAAACCAAACGGCGCCUAAAAAAGGCUUGAGCCAUGGCAUUUCCGUAAUUACUGAUUAAUACAAGGGUAAAAUAGAAAAUUUAAAAGACACUGACGUCACGUGCGAGUCAGGACAUGGCACAAUUGGCAGACCACAGCAACCAAGUGGUCAAGCUCAAGCUUAGCUCAAAGCUCUCUUCAGGUUUUAUGAACCAAACAAAAAACAAAACUUUACCGGAGAUGACGACGGAGCAAGCUUUGUUGUCUAUGGAAGCGUUACCUCUAGGUUUCAGAUUCAGACCAACGGAUGAAGAACUCAUCAAUCAUUAUCUAAGGUUAAAAAUCAACGGCCGUGAUUUAGAAGUUAGAGUCAUACCUGAGAUCGAUGUUUGCAAGUGGGAACCAUGGGACUUACCUGGGCUUUCGGUGAUAAAGACGGAUGAUCAAGAAUGGUUCUUUUUUUGUCCUCGUGAUCGGAAGUAUCCGAGUGGUCAUCGUUCUAAUAGAGCUACUGAUAUUGGUUACUGGAAAGCUACUGGGAAAGAUCGAACUAUUAAGUCUAAGAAGUUGAUUAUUGGUAUGAAGAAGACUCUUGUUUUCUAUCGUGGAAGAGCUCCUAGAGGAGAGCGUACUAAUUGGAUUAUGCAUGAGUAUCGUGCUACUGAUAAGGAACUAGAUGGUACUGGACCUGGUCAGAAUCCGUAUGUUUUGUGUCGCUUGUUCCACAAGCCUAGUGAUAGUUGUGAUCCUUCAAACUGUGAGGAAAUAGAGAAUGUUAAUUCCACUCCUACCACUACUAGAUGCUCUCCUGAUGACACAUCUUCUGAAAUGGUCCAAGAAACAUCUACAUCUGGUGUGCAUGCUCUAGAUAGAUCAGAUGAUACUGAGAGGUGUUUAAGCGACAAGGGUAAUGAUGUGAAACCUGAUGUUUCAGUGAUAAACAAUACUUCUGUCAAUCAUGCUGAAACUUCUCACGCCAAAGACCGUGUUUUGGGAAAAAGCUUAGUAGAGGAAAAUCACCUUCUAAGGGACAUUCCAACUCUUUAUGGACCCAUCUUAAGUGAGAAAUCAUAUUAUCCAGGGCAGUCAAGCAUCAGUUUUGCUACAUCACACAUCGAUUCGAUGUAUUCUAGCGAUUUUGGAAACUGUGGUUAUGGGCUACAUUUUCAGGAUGGGGCCUCUGAACAAGAUGCAUCUUUAACAGAUGUCUUGGAUGAGGUCUUCCAUAACCAUAAUGAAUCCUCUAGUGAAAGGAAAGACUUUGCGAUUCCAAAUAUGAUGCAUUGGCCUGGAAAUACAAGACUGUUGUCUACUGAGUACCCAUUUCUCAAAGAUUCCGUUGCUUUUUUAGACGGCGGUGCUGAUGUUUCCGGCCCACAGCACUUUGUUCCUGACAUUUUAGCUUCCAGAUGGGUCAGUGAACACAACCUUGAUAGCAAGGAGGUAGUAGAGAUUCAAUCUUCAUCCGGGUCCUCUCGGACCGUGACGCCACUUCAUAACAACGUGUUUGGGCAAUAUGCUUCAUCGUCUUAUGCAACUAUUGAUCCAUUCAACUAUAAUGUCAACCAGCCCGAACAAUCAUCCUUUGAGCUUCAUCCCGGUAACAUAUCUGGGUUCAAUGCCAGGUCUCGAGAGAAUCAGACAAAUCUUGACUCUGUUGUGGACCAAGGCACUGCUCCUAGAAGAAUUCGGCUGCAAAUCGAACCGCCAUUGACACCAGUUAUCAACAAGAAAGAGAGAGAUGCAGACAACUAUGAAGAAGAUGAAGUACAAUCUGCCAUGUCCAAGGUCGUAGAGGAAGAAUCAGCCAAUUUAAGUACUCAGGGGACUGCUCAGAGGAGAAUCCGCCUGCAGACGAGAUUGAGGAAGCCUCUCAUAACCAUAAACAACAGAGAAAGAGACUCAAACGUUAGAGAAGAAGAAGCAGGCCAUCAUAGCAAGGAAAAGGGAGAUGUGUCAUCAUCAUCAUCAUCAUCAUCAUCAUCAUCAUCAUCAUGGCAGAAACAGAAGAAGAGCUUGGUGCAGUAUAGUAGUAUGGUGAUAUUAGUGGCGGUGAUAGUUGUUUUAGUAGGAGUAUGGAAAGAGUCAAGAGAUGCCAAAUGUAGCUUCUUGUUUCAUCAAUUAGAUUCCUUCAAAGGCAUGUUUACUUGAUGAUAUAUUGUGCCAUUCUCCAUGUUCUUUUUGUAUAAUCAAUCAUGUGUAUCUGUUUUUUCUUUCUUUCUUUUGUAGUGUUGAGUAAUGAAGCCAGAUUCUCUAGAAUCAUUAACAAAUUAGUUCUCUUUUUUGAUUUUUUGCAGUUCACACUU